AUGGAGGACCUACUGGAGCAAUGCAAGCUUGUUGGGAUCGUUGCAAGCAAGUGGUCUGGGUACAACUGUGCCAAGAAGGUGGAGGGAAGUCAGCUUGUGUUGGUGGCUGCAGAGAAUUGCUACAACGAGCACUUUGGCAGCUGGGCACAGGAGAUGGUGGAGCAAGAGUGCCUGGCAGCCAUCUUCUUUGAUGAGUGUCAUGUCUGCAUCACACAAGACUCCUUCCGGCCAUCAAUGGCAAAGAUCAAGCAACUGAUCACCACUGUUCCAGUGCCUCAGUACUUCCUCACUGCCACCCUGCCGCCAAGCCUCCUGUUGACCUUCAAGGCUGCACUCUGUCUCCCACAAGAUGGCACUGGUAUCAUCCAUGCUGCUACCAACUGCAACAACAUUGCCUACUCUGUUCAAUGGCUGCCAUCCUCUGCAACCAUGGACUUUUACUUGCAGCAGCUUCUCCAAUCCCAUCCCCAUGGCUCCAUCAUGGUCAUCUGCUGUUCAAGGAUAGCUGCCGAGACUACAGCCAGGUUGCUGAGUUGCCAGUGUAUCUGGUCAGAAAUGGAGCAGGCAGACAAAAAGGCUAUCCUCUUCUCAUGGCUUGCCUCUUCAGCAGCAGAGAUGGAUAACAGCAAGCGUGUCUUGGUGGGCACAACAGCCAUUGGCACUGGCAUCAAUCCUCAGCAUGUCAGCUUGGUUGUGCACAUGGGUGGAGCAUAUGAUAUGGUCAGCUAUGUGCAGGAGUCAGGAUGUGCUGGCAGGAGUGGUCAGCCAGCCAAGGCAGUGAUGAUGGUCUAUGAUGGUGUAUGGUUGGAGGACAAGGUUGAUCUGUAUGUCAAGGAGAAGGUGUGCAGACAUGUAGCUAUCUCUAGCUACAUGGACGGCAUGCCCCUCACCUGUCUCAGUCAGCCAGACCUUGCUCUCUGUGACCUCUGCAGUCAAUGUGUUGCAGGUGAUGCAAAGACUCUGCCAAAGCCAAUGACAUCUAUCAACACACCUCCAAGGUCCGACAAGUCUGAGCAUUAUCAACAAACUGCCUCAGCUGCUUCAUCUUUGCUCUGUCCAGCCAAUGCAGCAAUGUCUCUACCUCCUUCUCUGCAGAAGAUACAGUAUCAGCAGGGCAUGGCCAAUCUCAGCUCACUGGCUCAGCAUCCAAGUAAUGCUGCCAAGAGCCCUGUCAACAUCCCCUCCACCAUUGAUCUUCUCCACAAGUUGUCCAAGCAGUGCUCCCUCUGCUACCUCUUUGGUCAUCAGCAUAGCUGCAUUGGAAAGCAUGGUGCUGACCAUGCCUUCAUAUCGUGCAAGUGUUGGCCCCUGAUUGAGGCAUGCAUGCCUCAGUGGCAUGAAGGUCAGAUCAAUGGAACUCACCUUGGUCAGGUGAAGAAUCAGAUGAGGAGGGACAAGCCAAAAGGAGUUGCCUGCUACACAUGUUACACUCCUAUACACACCUGCACAAACAGCAGCUUGGCUCCAAUGAGGGGAUGCACAAAGAGGUAUGCUGAUAUUGUGCUACCAGUAGUAGCUGUUGUGCUCUGGCACAAAGAGUUCAGGGAGAGGAUUUGCCAGGAACUCAAAGUUGAUUGCUCAGACAUGUCACAGCUGGAACUUGACCUUUGCAGUGCAUUCACAUACAAAGGAGAGAAAGUUUCCCUUGCAUAUGCCAUCUUUGUCAUAGCCAUGGAGAAUGCUUCCAUGUUGUAG